AUGUUAGCAACAAGUAAAUCAGUAUUUUUAUGGUUAUGUGAUUUAAAUGAUGAGAAAAUGAAUAGAAAUGAAUCAAAAUAUCAGAGUUGUAUUCCACCAUUCACAUGUCCACCAACAGAAUAUUAUCUGUAUAAAAAAAUCCAAAGUAUUUCAUCAACACCUAUUCUUCAAAUUGAAAAGAAGGAAACACUCCCACAUCUUUGUAUAUUACAUAAUAACACAAUAAGUUUGUAUGAAGAAAGAUUUGAUGAAGGGAAAUUUAGUAUUGAAAUAAUUAAAGAAAUCAAAGUUAAAUCACCAAUAUCUAUUAUUUGCUGUGAUACAAUCAUUUUAACACAAUAUAAUAAUCAAAUUAAAGUUAAUCAAGGGAAUAGAGAGAAAGAAAUAAUAAAUAAUACACCAAUAGAAGAAAUUCAGAAUAAUGAUAAAAUGAUAGUAAUACUCACAAUGAAUAGAUUCAAAAGUAUAGACAUUCCAACAGAAGAAGAAAUGAUAGAUGAGAUAGAAAAUGAAGAAGAACAAAUAAAGAUAUGCAUUGAAAGAAAAGGAACAAUGAAAAGAAAAGGAAAAGAAAUCAUAAGUAAAAUGGCAAAAGAAGGAAAAGAUUGUUGGGAAUAUGCAAAAGAAUUAGAAUGUGUUGAUACAUUAAUUGAAUCCACUCCUGAUGAACAAAAAGAAAUAAUAAUGAAUAAAAUAAUUUCAGAAAUAAAUGAGAAAGGAAAGAAAAUUGAAAUAAAUAAGAAAAAUGCAUGGGAAAUAUUUGUGAUGGGAUUGAAAAAUAAAGAUAGUACAAUAAGUGAAAGAAUAAUAGGAUGUUAUUCAAAUAUAUUAGAUAUUGCAUCUGUGAUCAGUAUAUGUAUUGAAUAUUCAAGAUAUUCUACUAUUUUCACAAUGUAUAGGUCAUUAGGGAAAAAGACAAUUGAAGCAUUUCGCAUUGUUUCACAUAACAUUCUCAAACAUGGAAUCACACCAACAAGUUUAAUUGAAGAAAGCAUGAAGAACAAUAUUGAAAUGCUUAUCACAAAUGCAGAAAGAUGUAAUGCAGAAGGAGAUGAUAAAGAAAUAAUUAAGAUAGUAUUUAAUAAUACAUAUGGAAUGACAUUAAUUGAAGCAGGAAUUAUUAUUUGUAAAGACAAAACAAUAGAUGUGUUGAGAGAUAUUGGAGAGAAGAAAGAAGUUAUUGAAGGAUUAAUAGAAACAAUGAAAAGUCCAAUCACAGAAGUUAAAGAAAGUGCAGCACGAGAACUGAUUAGAAUGAAAUAUGGAGAACGAGGAAUGAAAGAAGCUAUAUUUAAUGUUUUAACAUCAAAAGAUUACAAUAAAGAAGAUGAAGAAAUGUGUAAUGAAGGAAUUAAAGAAUGUGUUAAAGAAAGAAGUGGAAAAGAAAUAGAUAAAAUAGUUAAAGCAGCAUUCACAGUUAAUAAUAAGAAAAUAUUACGGAGAUUAAAUGAAAAUGAAACAGCACGUGAUGCGUUAAUGACAAUGGUUAUUAUCCAAAAAGGAGAUGUAUGGAAUGAGAUAGAAAGAUGGAUACGAAAAGGAUUAGAACGAGAAAGUAUUGAGAAAACAGUUAAAAAAUUCACAAAAAAAAUGUAUGAAAUGGAUAUAAAGAAAACAAUGAAUAUUGGAGUUAAAUAUUUUGCAAGUUGUGGAUUAUAUUGUUUAGUUCAACCAAACACACCAUAUGAAAUCAUUUAUGAGUAUGGAAGAAUAAUGAUGAAUGAAGUAAAUCCAAUCAUUCAAAGAAAUAUGAGAUGUAUUGUUAUGAAAGUGAUUGAGAGUUGUUAUGAAAUGAAGAAAGACACCACAGAAAUACGACAAAUCAUCGAUAGAAAAACAUGUGAUAUGGAUAAAGUUAUUGAACUGGCAUUGAAAUAUAAAGAUGAAAGAACAAUAUUGAUGAUUAGAAGAAAGAAAGGAGAAAUUAAAGAAUGUUUUAGAAAUCUUCAAAGCAGAAGUAUCACAUGUUUAAAUGAAAUAGACAAACAAAAUCAAAAUCAAAACGAAGAAGAAAGAAAAGAAAAGGAAGAAGAAAUAACUAAAAUGUAUGAAGGAAUUAUGGAAGAUCUCAAAGAAGUAAGUGAAACAUUUCGAUUAAGAGAUAUAACUAGAAAUGAAGAAUGUGUUGAAGUGAUGAAGAGAUGUAAUGAAAUAAUGAAGAGAAGAAAUGAAUGUUAUGAAGAAUACAAGAAAGUGUAUCGAGAAAUAGUUGAAAUAGAAAUUUCAAAUAUACCAAUAAAAGAAGGAAUUGAAUUUUGUUGUAAAAUCACAGAAGGAGUUUUAUUAAGAAUGGUGUUAAGUGAUUUAAUCAAACAAAGCCAAUCGAAAUUAACAAUGUACAAAACACUUCAAAUGAUUUCAAAUGAACAACUAAACCAAACAAUACAACAACAUAACAAAGAAUUAAAAAAAGGAAUUAUUACAACAAAAGAAUGUGUUGUUUGUCAUAAAGAAAAGGAUGAAUUAAUCAAUGUAUUUGGAUGUGGUCAUAGUUAUCAUUCAACAUGUUUAAAAUCAUCAGGAAUAUGUUUAGAAUGUAAUCAUCUUAUGAAAUAA